UUCCAAAUCCAGGCGUGAAAUUCAUUUGAGACAGUAGCUUUUUCUAACAAGUGCUGUGUGAGAUAGUGAGAGAUCCAGCAGCCAAAUAGAGGAAAGAUGGUCAAUAACGAAGAUAAUAAUGAAAUACGGAUGGGUUUCAUUCCUAAUGGAGAUAGCCAGCCAACAUCUGAAGAAGGGGAGAGGAGAGAUAACCACCACAGACGUUUGGAUCUCAUCACACGUGGUACAAGGGAACUGAGACGGCUUUUACGGCAUAAACGCUUGUGUGUAUUUAUUGUCAUUGUUGUAUUCCUCCUCAUUAUUAUUAUAGUGGUUCUAGGAAUAUUAUAUAGGCAAUCACCUCAUCCUACAUCUUGUCCAACUGACUGGAUUGGAUACAAUGAGAAAUGCUAUCAUUUUUCAAAGGAGGAAAGGAACUGGACUUCCAGUGAGAACUUCUGCACCCAGUACAAAGCCUCCUUGGCUACUAUCAACACUGAAUUACAGGAAUUAAUGGCCCCUUUUAAAGCAAGAUAUAUUUAUUGGAUUGGCCUCAGAAGAGAACCAGGUCAGGACUGGAAGUGGACAAGUGGAGAAAUUUCCAGGAUGGAGGUUAUUGGACAAAAUGGAGGAGAUUGUGCCUACUUGAAUGAUGAAUUUAAACCCAGCACCUCAAGAUGUUCUCACGAACACUACUGGAUCUGCAGCAAAGUUGCAAUGCACUGAAAAGUGGAAAGACCAGAUAAAACGACAUCACUGGCAAAACUUCCCUGAAUGGCCCAUCAUUUCAGGGUCAUUUUUUGUGGUCUAGUGAAAAGGAAGAGCAGAAUCUCAACAU